AUGGGGCUGUCAAAGACGACGCGGAUAUCGCUCCUCCUUGCCAUCGACCUGGUCUUCUUCUUCGUCGAACUCAUCACAGGCAAUAUCAUCGGCUCGCUCGCCCUCAUCGCCGAUGCCUUCCACAUGCUCAACGAUGUCAUGUCCCUCUGCGUCGGGUUGUGGGCAGUGCGGGUAGCAAACAAGCAAAAGAACCCAAAGACAUACACAUACGGAUGGCAGCGCGCAGAGACGUUGGGCGCACUCGCCAACGGUGUCUUCCUGGUCGCGCUGUGCUUCACCAUCUUCCUCGACGCUAUCGAGCGGUUUAUCGAGCCGCAGAUAAUCACGCAGCCGAGGUUUAUGUUGAUCGUGGGAUGCGCCGGUUUGGCCUCGAACUUGCUGGGCCUGGUGCUGUUCCAUGAUCAUGGGCAUGGCGGGCAUGGACACAGUCAUGGUGGUCACGGGGACGAGGCAUCUGCCGCUGAAGAGGGACACGCGCAUGCGCACGGCGAUCCGGAAGACCGCAGGCUUGCCGACCCGUCUGGCAAUGUCGAGGAUGUUCUGCCAGCAACACGCAUUGCGGGAUAUCAGAGCUCGAACACGGCAGACAGCGACACAACUGCGGUUGACGCAAGCUCACCACUUGCGCAAAAAGCAUCGCACGGUUCGCGCUCUGGGAAGUCAAGGAGGCAUAGCAGGUCACACUCACGCGCCUUCUCGGGCGUGGAAGACAUCCCAGUCACGCCAAACGCCUUCCGCAGGUCCAUCAUCGACGCCAGCCGCCUGGACCCACGCGAUUCUGAGGAAUGGGAGGGUGACGAAGAUGCGCUUGGAGAGGACACCAUGGACACGCACCACCACCAACAGCAACCUCUGCUGAACGGCAACGCCUAUGCCGGCUACGGCGCAACCCAGGCUAAAGCGCAAGACAUCGAUCACGGCGAGCACAACCACGCCCAGCCGAAAGACGAAGGCAAAGGCGGAGGCGGGCACGGCCACUCCCACGGCGACCUCAACAUGCGCGGUAUCUUCUUGCAUGUGAUGGGCGACGCCCUGGGCAAUAUCGGCGUCAUCGCCACCGCCCUCUUCAUCUGGCUGACGGACUACUCCUGGCGCUUCUACUUCGACCCCGCCAUCUCCCUCCUCAUCACCAUCAUCAUCCUCUGCUCCGCCAUCCCGCUCGUCAAAGCCGCCUCGCGCAUCCUUCUGCAAGCCGUGCCCUCCAACAUCGACAUCGACCACAUCAAAGAAGACAUCGAAGCCCUCCCCGGCAUCCUCAGCGCCCACCACCUGCACGUCUGGCAACUCAGCGACACCAAGCUCGUCUCCAGCCUGCACGUGCAAGUGGACUUCGACUUCAAAGGCGAAGGCUCAGCGCGGUACAUGGAGCUGGUGCAAGCGAUCCGGAAAUGCCUGCACGAAUACGGCAUCCACUCGUCCACGAUCCAGCCCGAGUUCUGUCUCGAUCCCGAACACGACCACAGCGGUUCCCAGCCGGAAGACGGCGGCAGUCCCGCGGACGCAGCUAAGCGCUCUACCAUGGGCAGUAGGGUGCCGAGUAAAGCGGGCAGCGUGUGCGAGCAGGCUUGUCUGCUGGAGUGUACGGAUGAGUGUGGGAAGAAGGGGAAGGGGUGUUGUGAUCCGAAGCCGGCGGAUCAGGAGGAUGAGGGGCAUGGGCAUGGGCAUUGA